AUGUCUCCCACUAUAAAUAUCAGGACAAUGAUCAUGAGCGAUAUAUUCCUCAGUGACUUUUGUCAACCUCAACAGCCAAAAUGCGUCAUAGUUUCUUGUCGCCGAGGUGGAGGAGGAGGAGGCCACAGCAUAAGUGGAGGUGUAGGAGGCCACAGCAUAAGUGGAGGUGGAGGAGGCCACAGCGGAGGUGGAGGUGGAAGUGGCCACAGCGGAGGUGGAUUCAGCGGUGGAGUCGGAGGAAUCGGAGGCGGAGCUGGUGCAGUCGCCGGUGGAUUCGGGGGAAAUGGAGGCGCUGGAUUCAACGGCGGACACGGAUUUGGUGGAAAUGGAGGCGCUGUAGUUAGCGGCGGAGGCGGAUUUGGAGGAGCUCAUGGUGUAGGAGGAGGUGUCGGAGGUGGAGCUGGAGGAGGAUUUGGAGGUUUAACUGGUGGUGCUGGCGGUUACAGCGCAGGUAAUGGUGGAUUCGGAGGUGGAAAUGGCGGUUUUGGGGCAGGCGGUGUUGGAGGCGGAAAUGGCGGUUUUGGUGCAGGUAAUGGCGGAUUUAGCGGUGGAAAUGGCGGCUUUGUCGCAGGUAAUGGAGGUUUUGGCGGUGGCAACGGCGGAUUUGGCGGUGGCAACGGCGGAUUUGGCGGUGGCAACGGCGGAUUUGGCGGUGGCAACGGCGGAUUUGGCGGUGGCAACGGCGGAUUUGGCGGUGGCAACGGCGGAUUUGGCGGUGGCAACGGCAGAAUUGUUGGAAGCAGUGCCAGUAUUGGAGGUAUUGGCGGAGGUAAUGGAGGUAAUGGCCGUCGAAGCUAUGGAAGGAAGUAA